UUUGCUUUUUUCGUUGGACACGUCGAAGCGUGCUUACUUUUUGACAACCCCCCCGGGCUCUUUCGAUUCCAGCUUCUCAAGACAGCCGAGAACCCACCCGCAUCUGUCACUUUUCACCCUCAAGAACAUCUGCUCGGACGGCCCAGCGACUCUGGUUUUUGACACAAGUUGCUUCUUGUCUUUCGGUUCAUUACACACGGAUCCUCGGGCGGAGAUCACAUGGACUUCGCAUGGCAGAGUCCGCCACCCGGGUCUCAUCACAAUGUCCUUCGACACCCGACUUUUCCCUCCGAGCCCCCCGGGCUAUACGCAUCUUCAGAGACAGCCCGCGCCCAGAAAAAAGGAACGGUGUUUGCUUGUCAAUUUCCCGUCAGGGACUCGGCGCGGCACCGGCCCCACGGCUCAUCCCAUCCUGCCCGGUUCAGGGUGACACAACAUGGUGAAAAAGAGCCCGAGUUCCACGCGAAUACUUCAGACCCUAGAUCCCCGUACUUCGUUCAACGCCAGGCUCAGGCGUCGCUUUGGGAAUUGCAAGGCCCUUCCUUAUCACCGGUCAACCCCCUUUUGUCGGCCGCGAAGGCUCAGCUCUCGAUGAGCAGAUGUCAUCUUCCGUCUCCGAGUACAUGGCCGAGCCGCCGGCUGGCCAAGGUCGAUUCGACGCCGGGACGGUCACGAUAGAAGCCCUGGCUUUGGGCGGCACGCUGACCUCGCUUUCCAUCAUUUUCGUUUGCCUUCGGGCGUUUACGAGGCUAUCUCUGGUCAAGAGGUCUUUUGGUCCCGAUGACUAUCUCAUCGGUUUCUCACUGGUGUUGGCCGUGAUAUUCUAUUGCCUGUCGAUCAAACUAUGUGACCUCGGCGUGGGAGUUCACAUGUGGCAGGUCAAGCGUGCCGAUUACUCCCCCUCGUUUCUGAUGCACAGCUUGGUUGCCAUCGCCGUCUACUCCCUUAGCGUCACGACGGCGAAGCUUUCCCUGCUUGUCCUCUACCUGCGUCUUUCGCCAGACCGAUGGUUUAGACUUGUCACCAUGGCUCUCAUCGGCUUCGCGACAGCCUACGCCUUGGCGUAUCUGUUUCUUAUCGUGUUCGGCUGCAGACCGAUCCACGCAUCCUGGAUCCUUUCGGCGAGGGCCUCGGCAAAAUGUAUCGACAAGAACAAAAUCUACCUCGCCCUCAGCGGGACCAACAUCGUCAUGGACGUCGUUUGCUUGGUGCUCCCCCUCAACAUCAUCAUCCCUCUUCAGAUGGCCACGAGGCAGAAAUGCUCCCUGAUCCUUCUUUUCGCUACGGGCGGCUUCGUAUGUUUCUGUGCCAUCAGACGCACAAUUCUCCUCCCGCCGCUGUUUAAGAGCACGGAUUACACCUUCGACGUUAACAAGCAACUGAACUGGGCAUCGAUCGAGGUCAACGCCGGGGUCGUCUGCGCGUGUGUCCCGUCCCUCAAGCCGUUCUUCACGCGCUACCUGCCCAUGUUCGUCACCUCCCGCAUCACGGGCUCCAAGGACAAGAAGUCGAACCCGAACUACCAGACUUACCAGGCCAACAACCCCUACUCUACGACGAUCGAGAACAACAAGAGGCGCCGCAACGUCCAGUCCGAGGCCUACGAGCUGCAUUCCAACGACGACCUCUCCCUCUGCUCGAAAGACGGGCCAAAGAGCGGCGCGAACGAGGACGUUGCGAAGCUGUGGUGCGGCCACGCGUUUCGGAACGACUGCCAAGGCCAUCGCGAGACCAUUAUCGAGUCGAAGCGGAGGGACGAGGAUAGCAGCAGCAUGGACAGCGUUGGGGAGAUUCAGCCCGUGGCUGAGGGCGUUUCUCGCCCAAACCCGCCACAGCGGGUGGCAAGCCUGAGCAUCAGGGUCACGACAGAAACCAGGGUUGAGUACGAAAAGACAUGAGCUUCGCCCUUUGUUCCAACAAUUGUAGGAUGGACGUCAUGUUCCGGUGUUUUCUGGGUGGUAUUGUCUCGGCUUAGAUCAAUGAAAAU